UUAAAACCACUAGGCCGAAGCGACAUCUCCUCUCCAUGUUUUCCAGUAUUCCGACAUUUGAUUAUUUUUGGCAGCGAUGACAAGCUUUACCCAGGUGCAUGGAGAUAUAGCGACGUCAUAAGAAUGGGCACGGAGGAGGAUCGACUGAAGCUAGCGAAAACAGAACGUGAGAUACAGCCUGAUGAUCCGAUCAAUAUUCAAUACACAAGCGGAACGACCGGACAACCGAAAGGUGCCACUCUUACCCAUCAUAAUGUCUUGAACAAUGCUUACUUCGUUGGUAUUCGAGCUGGAUAUCAUGAACAGAAGACGGUCAUCUGCAUACCAAAUCCUUUGUAUCAUUGUUUUGGAUGUGUUAUGGGAGUUUUAUCUGCUCUCACUCAUCUGCAGACGUGCGUUUUCCCUGCACCUAGCUUCGAAGCGCUUGCAGCUUUACAGGCCAUUGACGAAGAAAAAUGCACCGCUCUCUAUGGCACUCCCACCAUGUUCAUAGAUAUGUUAAAUCAUCCCGAAUAUUAUAAAUAUAAUUAUGAUAGCAUCAGAUCAGGUACAUUAUUCCUUAGCAAAUUUGCUCUUCUCCUUCACUAUACUCUUGAAGGAUUCAUUGCUGGAGCUCCAUGUCCUAUCACACUUUGUAGACGCUUGGUCAAUGAGAUGCACAUGACAGAUAUGCAAGUAUGCUAUGGCACAACAGAAACAUCACCCGUGUCCUUUAUGUCCAUACGAGAUGACCCUCCUGAACAACGGAUAAAGAGUGUUGGACAUAUCAUGGAUCACUUGGAGGCUGCAGUUGUAGAUAAAUACGGUAAGAUAGUACCACGAGGUGAAAAGGGCGAAGUGAUUGUACGAGGCUAUUCCGUCAUGCGAUGUUACUGGAAUAGCGAGGAACAAACAAAGAAAGAAAUCACCGAGGAUAGGUGGUAUCAUACGGGGUAUGCGAUAACUUCAGCUGAUAAGCUUUUCCCUGCUCACACUUUUCAUUUUAGUGAUAUCGCUGUUAUGCAUGAUAAUGGUACGAUCUCAAUAGUAGGGCGAUCUAAGGACAUGAUUGUUCGUGGAGGGGAGAAUAUCUACCCAACUGAAGUGGAGCAAUUUCUGUUCAAACAUCCAAAAAUUGAGGAUGCGCAUAUAGUGGGCGUACCUGAUGAACGAUAUGGUGAAUCUGUAUGUGCGUGGAUUCGCUUGCACGAGUCGGCUGUUGGGAUUGUCACUGAGGAGCAGAUCAAGAACUGGUGUAAAGGAAAGGUAAGUGCUUAAUU